AUGUUGCAAAUAUUUGACUUGAGUGAGAAAGAAGCAUUCUAUUGGUUCAAAGAUUGGUUAAAGCCGUGGGCAAAACAUGAGUUGCAUAGGCAAGGAAUCAUCGAGCUUACUAUAGCCAUAGUGGAGGCAGAGUCCUUUGUCGAGUUUGGUCCAACGAAAGGCAAGUUCGAGUCGUCUAAGCCCAAUGGAAAGGGCAAUGGUGAGGGAAACCAUAAGAAAGAUGAAGAGGAACAUAACAAUGAUGACAACAGUACCGAUAACACUAGUGGCGAUGGGAAAUCACGAGAUACAAAGCGGAGAUCCAACAACCCAAGGGACAAAAGGAAGGGGAUAAAUUGCUUCCUUAGUCAAGGACCACACAUGACGGUUUUUGAAGAAGAACACAACAACAAAGAUAGCUUCAAGGUUGUUUUAGUUGCACAACAUUCUCAAAGACCUUUUUGGAGAUGCUUCUCCUUCGAGGAAAUAUUUGUUGCCACCAAUGCUUCUAUCUCAGAGAAUUUGGUAGGGAAAUGAGGGUAUGCAGAGGUAUACAAAUGAGUAUUAAAAGAUGGGGAAGAGAUUACAAUGAAGAGUCUGACAAAAGCUCUGAUUGAUGAAAGGAAAGAAAAGUUUUUGAUAGAAAUUAGAACUAUUGGUCAUGUCUGCCACCCAAAUGUAAUGACACUUUUAGGUUGUUUCAUUGACAAUGGGUUUUAUCUCAUAUUUCAGUUCUCUUCUAAAGGCUCUAUUGCUUCUCUUCUUCAUGAUGUGAAUUUGCCUCUAUUAGACUAGAAAAUAAGGUAUAAGAUUGCAGUUAAGACUGCAAAAGGACUUCAUUACUUGCAUAAAUGGCGUAAAAGAAGGAUAAUCCACCGUAACAUUAAGUCUUCAAAUAUUCUAUUGACUGCAGAUUUUGAACAUCAAAUAUCUAAUUUUGGACUAGCAAAAUGGAUUCCUUCUCAGUGGACACACCAGUCUAUUGCUCCGAUUGAAGGCACAUUUGGAAAUUUAGCUCCCGAGUACUUUAUGCAUGGAAUUGUGGACGAGAAGACAUAUGUGUUUGCAUUUUGAGUUUUCUUGUUAGAGAUUAUAUCAGGGAGGAAACCAGUUAAUGCCUCUCGCCAAAGCUUGCACUACUGUGCAAAACCAAUCUUGAAUGGUGAGGAGAUUUACAAACUAGUAGAUCCAAGGCUACGAGGUUCCUUCGACCUUUCAUAGCUAAAAAUACUUGCAUUUGCAGCAUCUCUCUGCAUUUGAGCAUCUUCGGCAUGGCGUCCUACUAUGAAUGAGCUGUCGAACGAGAUACAACUUAUUGUUUCUUGGAACACCAGGAAACCAAAUUCCCACCAAGAUAGACACAGUAUCCAGUGGUUGGUCGACAGUCGUCAAAAUCUAGACCCUAAUUUGCAUCAGCAUACCUAA